UCAGAACUUUAUUGUUAGCGUAUUAUUGAAACAGAAAAGAAAAAAAGGAGAAUAAAUUACUUUAGAUAUUUUCACAAUUUAAUGGGAUAAAUUGUUAAGGAUCGGUAUAAGUGAAAUGACAUCACGUAAUCUAACCGAAGUUUUUGUGAUAAUGCGCAAUAAUGCGUCGAAAAACCGAAACUUGUACUCUGAUAACAGACAAAGCGACGAUGCCGAACUUUUACUUAAACAUUCACUUCGCGACGCGGAAGAAGGCUUGGAAAUGCGGGAUGACUAUGGAACACCACCAGUUUGGGUCGAUAAGUUGGAGGAAGCACAGUAUACGCUGUCAAAAAUAAAGCCUAAACUUGAUGAACUUGGUUCCUUGCAUGCAAGACACCUGUUACAGCCCGCAUUCGACGAAAAGUAUCAGGAAGAAACGGAAAUAGAAAGUCUCAGCCAGGAGAUAUCAAAGCUGAUAACAUCGACUCAUCGGCAUAUACAAUGUAUCCGUUCCAGCCUCGGUAUAGGAACGAAGAUGGAGCAACGGCUAACCGAAAACGUAGUGACUUGCCUAUUGCUUCAAUUACAGGAAUUAACUUUCAAAUUCCGUAAUAGCCAAAGUGCUUACAUACGACAGCUGAAUUCCCGAGAGGAACGUUCACAAAAAUAUUUUGAAAAUAAUGAUUUCACAAAUAUUGAAUUAGAUUCGAGUUCCAUCGAUAACCGUGACAACUAUGUGGACUCUUUCGACAACUUUUUACAACCCAUGGGUUCAAUGCAAAACAAAACAAAUUCUGCAAGGAACCAUAGUUAUUUAUAUGAUGAUAAAUCUACUCAACAGAUAGAUGAAGAUUUUCAACGCCCGGUUUCAAACCGCAUGAGUCAGCAACAGCUUUUGCUGUUUGAAGAAGAAAAUACACGCUUAGCAAUUAAUCGAGAUGAAGAGGUUACCAAAAUUGUAAAAUCUAUUUAUGAUCUUAAUGAUAUUUUUAAAGAUCUUAGUCAAAGGGUACAGGAACAAGGUACUGUAUUAGAUCGUAUUGAUUAUAAUGUGGAGCAAACGCAGACGAGAGUCUCUGAAGGGCUCCGUCAGUUACAACGUGCAGAAGCGUACCAGCGAAAAAAUCGCAAAAUGUGUAUUAUUAUGGUAUUGGCAGCUGUAACUUUAUUUAUGCUUAUUCUUCUUAUUUUUACAAAGCUAUAAAUGAGGAAAUAAAAUAUCAAUAUUUGUAACAAUA